AUGCUCAUUGCAGCCAAGACAGAUGAAGCAAAUGGCCUAAAAGAAGCCAAGUACCUAGGUGGCUAUGGUGGGUACCCCAGAGGAGGAUAUGAUGGUUAUCCCGGAGGGGGGUAUGGAGGGUAUCCUGGAGGAGGUUAUGGGGGAUACCCAGGUGGUGGAUAUGGGGGCUAUCCAGGAGGAAGGUAUGGUGGAUAUUCUGGGGGUGGAUAUGGAGGGUAUCCUGGGGGUGGCCGUGGUGGUUAUGGUGGAAAUUGCCGCUUUGGUUGUUGCGGCCGUAACUAUUAUGGUGGGGUUGCAAGUGCUGCUACUAUCCUGGUCAGGCUGUGGAUGCUGAGCCUCAGAACUAAUAAAGCCAGCUCCUAG